ACCCUCCACACCACACCCAUGGCCUGCUACAACCGCUGCAGUCCCUGCGGACCCACCCCGCUGGCCAACAGCUGCAACGAGCCCUGUGCCCUGCAAUGCCAGGAUUCCCACGUCAUCAUCAACCCUUCCCCUGUGCAGGUCACCCUGCCAGGACCCAUCAUGACCUCCUUCCCCCAGAACACCGCCGUCGGAUCCACCUCCUCGGCUGCCGUGGGCACUGAGCUCAGUGUGCAGGGACAGCCCAUCUCUGGUGGAUUUGGCUAUGGCCUUGGCUACGGCCUUGGCUAUGGCCAUGGAUUUGGCUACGGGCUGGGAGGCCUGGACUGCUAUGGCAGAAGGGGCUAUGGCUACAACUGCUAAUGGGCCAGCCUCAGCACCACCCCUGACACCAACCACCCACUCCCUGGAUCACAUCCCAGGCAAUGGAGAUACAUUUCUGGGCAAAGGUUGUGAAAGGGGCUCAGCAUUUCCAGCUCCUGCUCUCAGGGCACCAAGCAAGGCAGUAGCCAAGGGGCCAGCCCAGGCUGCCUGCAAACAUGGCCCAUCUGCCAUCUGCUCUUCUCCUGCUCCCUGCUCUGCAUCGCGUCUUCAGCUCUGUCCAGUCCCCUCUGGACAAACCCCUUCUCCCAAGCCAGAGACCAUUGGGCACCUGUGGUGUGCUCCUUCCACUGUGGGGCAGGAAGGCCUUGGUGCUCUGGCCAAACCACCUGUAAGUAAAGCAGCUUGGUUGAUGGUCACCCUCCCUGCACUCCCUAUUUGCCCUUCUCUUUCCCAAUGGAUGCUCACGACCUUCCACUGUUCUUUCAGCUCAAUAAAAUUCUCUUGCAUUACA